UCCUCCUCCUCGUCCUCCUUGUCCUCAUCCUCGUCCUCCUCAUCCUCAACCACCUCCUCGUCAUCGUCCUAAUCCUCAUCCUCCUCAUCCUCCUCCUCAUCCUCCUUGUCCUCAUCCUCAUCCUCGUCUUCCUCCUCGACCUCCUCCACCUCCUUCUCCUCCUCCUUAUCCUGGUCUUCCUCCUCGUCCUCAUCCUCCUCCUCAUCCUCCUCAUUCUCCUCGUCCUCCUCCUCCUCCUCGUCCUCCUACUCAUCCUCCUCCUCGUCCUCCUCCUUUUCCUCCUCCUUUUCCUCAUCCUCCUCGUCAUCCUCGUACUCGUCCCCCUCCUCCUCCUCCUCUUCCUCGUCAUGAUCCUCCUCCUCGUCCUCCUCAUCAUCCUCCUCCUCGUUGUCCUCCUCCUCCUCGUUGUCCUCCUCCUCUUUGUCGUCCUCCUCCUCCUCCUCCUCGUUCUACACAUCCUCGUGCUCGUCCUCCUCCUCCUCAUCCUCCUCGUCCUCCUCCUCAUCCUCCUCCUCCUUGUCGUCCUCCUCAUCCUCAUCCUCGUCCUCGUCAUCCUCCUCAUCCUCAUCCUCGUCCUCCUCCUCAUCCUCCUCGUCAUCGUCCUCAUCCUCGUCCUCCUCAUCAUCCUCAUCCUCGUCCUCCUCGUCCUCCUUAUCCUCAUCCUCCUCCUCGUCCUCCUUGUCCUCAUCGUCCUACUCAUCCUCGUGCUCGUCCUCCUCCUCCUCAUCCUCCUCCUCCUCAUUCUCCUCCUCCUCCUCGUCGUCCUCCUCCUCUUCCUCGUUGUCCUCCUCCUCCUCGUCCUCCUCCUCUUCCUCGUUGUCCUCCUCCUCCUCGUCCUCCUCCUCCUAUUCGUUUCCC